UAUAUGUUUUAAAAAAUUAAUAUCUUACAAAAUAAAUUUUUCCACCGUUAAAAUAAAAAAUGUGUACCAUCUGUAAUUUGAUCAUAAUAAUAAAAUUCUGAUUAUUAUUCGACUUCAUGGCUGCAAAAGAUUGAAGCUUGACGACUUUUCAGCUGACCCAGAAGAGAAAAACGAGCGGAGAAGAUGGAGAAGAUGGAGAAGAAGCUUAUGGAUGCAGCCAUGGCGGGAGAUACGGGGGCGCUUAAUGAUCUGAUCGCAGAGGACCCACUUGUUCUCGACAGAGCUUUAGUCUCCUGCGUCGCCGAGACGCCGCUUCACGUAGCUUCAUUGCUGGGUCACCUGGCUUUUGUUACCGAGUUACUUAGCCGCAACCCCGAGUUGGCCUCCGAGCUGGACUCGCAGGGGUCAACGCCUCUCCACCUGGCGGCAGCGAAGGGGCACGUGGAGAUAGUGAAAGAGCUGGUUCUGGCGGAUCCUGGGGCGUGUGCGGUGAGGAACUUAGACGGGAGGACGGCGCUCCACGUCGCGGCUGCCAAGGGGCGGGUUAAGGUGGUGGAUGAGUUGGUCGGAGUUGGGAGUGAGUGGACUCGGGCGUUGACGGACCGAGGCGAGACGGCGCUGCACUUGUGCGUUGGGCGUAAUCGGUUGGAGGGGUUGAAGGUUUUGGUUAAGGCAGUUGGGAAAGAUGAUGAGUUUGUGAAUUGGAAGGAUUGCGAUGGUAACACCGUUUUGCAUAUUGCCGUGGCCAAGAAGCUAAUCGAGAUUAUCAAAUUCUUGCUUUUUGAAACCGGAGUGAAUGUGAAUGCGUUGAAUGCAAGCAGCGCUACGGCUUUAGACAUUCUGAUGCAGAGUCCUAGAGAUUUGAGGGAUAUGGAGAUUGAGGAUUUCCUUCGAGGUGCUGGGGCUCAAAGUGCAAGGGAUCUACGUAACAUUGAGCACGACUGGGUUCACGCUCCAACUAAAGAACGUCAGAUACUAAGACAUCGAGGAUCAGCGCUGUCCUCGAAAGUGAGUGAGUCUAUGAAACCGGCUGAGAACAAGAAGCCUACUGAUUGGCUUGGUAGGAAGAGAAGUUCAUUGAUGGUGGUGGCAUCUCUCCUUGCAACUGUUGCCUUCCAAGCUGCAAUAACCCCUCCGGGAGGUGUUUGGCAGGAUGACCAGCAAGUCGAUGAAAAUGGCAACCCUGUGGAGAACCCUCACACCGUUGGAACAUCUGUCAUGGCAUAUAAGCAGGGAAAAGAAUAUGGUCUAGUAAUGAUUUUUAACACAAUCUCUUUCCUCGCGUCCCUAAGCAUAAUUCUUCUGCUCGUUAGCGGGCUACCUAUCAAACGGAGGAGGUGGAUGUGGAUACAAAUGGUCAUAAUGUGGGUUGCUGUCUCAACACUAGUAGUAACAUAUUUCAUCACUCUCCGUCAUAUGUCACCUAGUGAAGAAAAUGUGCAGAUCGUGUUACGUAGGGUAACUGAGAUAUCAGGUUGGACAUGGUUGACUUUAAUGGUGGUUGUUUUCUUUGGCAAUGUUAUUCGUAUGAAUCUAUGGAUUCUCAGAAAGUAUGGUUAUAUUAAGCCAAAAGAUGUGGAGCCAUCUAACGUUGAUGAUGAACUUGAACUUGGAGAGGUGAGAACUGAGGAUUAAGGUGAACAGCUCUCACUUUUUUAUGGCUUCACAAUCACAGAACUCGUCAUUGCAGUAUUGCGGAUGUGUUUAACACUAAAUUCAUUAAUCCGGGCGUCAAACUAGUCUCCGAGAAGGUCUGACCCAAAGCAUUAUGAAAUAUAUGAUCGGAUGCUUGAAGGUCUGUUUUUCUAGCAGCAAAUUUAGAUGAAGAUACUGCAGUUGAAGCCUGUAUUAUAUGAUGCUUCGAGUUGGAGGGGUAAACUCGCUGUUCUUGUACAACUAUUCUUCUGUUCAUGGCAGUACAUUGAAUGCUGUCUUUCAAAUUCUGCAGGUCACGAAUCUUCGUGGCUCGGAGAUGGCAUGCUGUUCUGUGUUGUGUUCUAUCUGCCAUCCUUGUAAAUUUUGAGGGAUAAUUUUGAUUUUUUGCUCUCAUUAUUUUCUGCCAUUUCCUCUUUUUUUUUUUUUAUCUGGCUGGGUUCUGCUUAAUAAAGAAAUACAAGGUAAGAGAGUAAUUCUUAGGGCACUUCUCAUAAAAGUACGAGGCUCUUGUAGUUCUGGUUGAGUCGAUUUUAAGCUGGUUCGACCCAAUGUAAGGUUAAAGUUUUUGAUUCCGAAAGCAAAAGUUCUUGAAA